AGCCUAAAAGCUCUUUCCAUUAGCCCUGGACGCCCGAAACCACAAAGGGCAGUCAAGUCUUGAUUUUCAAGGAGAAAGCCUCUGGUAAACUUUCGCUCAGCCGCCAGGAGAUCUGUUGGUUCCUGGGAGGAGCUCUUCUGAAACCUUGACGAUUCCUAUGUUCAUGAAGACACAGACCGGUGGAUUACAGUAAUUGAAAAGCUUUGGUGGCUUUGGAAGAUUACUAUAUGUUUGGUGUGCGUUCACAUUUCCAGGCUAGGGGACCGUGUAGAGGAACCCCUUUUGUAAUCUUUUGAAAUAAGAUCAGAAGGGAAGACAGGGUUUGAAGUGUGGAUUUGGGGGGGGUCGCCUAAAUCUCUGCCUAUCACCUCCGCCUGGAUCAUUAUAAAAAGAUCGAGGAGUACAAUGAACUUAGGGAAUCAUGCAACGUUUCCGUGAAGCCUGUUCUGGAACCUAGCUUCCGGAUCCAGAAACUUCUCCAGAAGCAGACCAGCGGCGGUGCUAGGCAGUCUGAAUGGACCAGCAUCUCCGCUUUGAAGAUUUAUUUUCAGUCUUCUGCUGAGAGAUUCACCUCUGGGGUGAUUGGUUCGCUUUUCUGCGGAUGAUGGAGAAACGUAAACAGGCCGGACUGCUGACCCUGCCGUACCACCUGCUCCCGGGGCCCAUGGGCGUGCCUGGGUCCCUGCCCCGCCUUCCCCUGCGGGAUCCCUUCAGGGUCUCCUUGCGUCUGGACGCCGCGUGCUGGGAGCGGGAGCGGGGCGGCUGCGCCCCGCGGCGGCCGUACUUGCCCCUGCCGCUGGACGGCGCCUUCGAGCCCGCCUUCCUCCGCAAGCGCAACGAACGCGAGCGGCAGCGGGUGCGCUGCGUGAACGAGGGCUACGCGCGCCUCCGAGCUCACCUGCCCCGCGAGCUGGCGGACAAGCGCCUCAGCAAAGUGGAGACGCUCCGCGCCGCCAUCCGUUACAUCAAGCACCUCCAGGAGCUGCUGGAGCGCCACGCGCGGGGUCAGGAGGGCGCGGCCGGCGCCGGCCCCUCGCUCAGGGCCGAAUGCAACAGCGACGGCGAGUCCAAGGCCUCGUCGGCGCCUUCGCCCAGCAGCGAGCCCGAGGAGGGGGCCUGCUAGCGAGCGCUGGGCCGGCCCGGACCCCUCCCGCUGCGCCGCGCGCUUUUGGAGUCUGCUCUAAGGUUCCCUCCGGAGGUGGUUUGCAUUUGCAAUCUUUUUUUUUUUUUUUUUCUUUUCUCCAGAACUAAAUCUUAGGAAAAAGAAAUGAGUGCUUUAGGGGGAAAAAAAGAUUUUGACAUUCUAGUUGUUUCCACCCCCUCCACCCCCCCAUUGGUUAUGUGCCUGCAACUGAAAGAUGCUUAUGAAACUCUUCCUGUACUUCUCAAAGACAAACUGUACCAGACUCUGAACUCCUCAAAGGGCGAAAACAACGAGGAUUUGCCACAGUCAGCGGGGUGGGUAAAUUAGGGACGUAAAUACUGAAACAAAUCCAAUCUUAACCAAAGAAGAACUUUCCAAAACUAGCUAACUAACUAAAUAACAGCCCUUAAGAUGAGCGGAAGGUUUUUCCUGCAUUCCUUCAUUUGGGAAUUGAUGAGAAAUGUAAUUGACACCAUGCUUUGGAGGAAGGUGGCCCUAAGCUGACACCUGGGAACACGUUUGCCAGAGCGCGCGGCCAGGCCAGCCUCUGCUGUUGACUAAGCGUGUGGAUGGCGGUGCUAGAAAGGACAUUUCAUAUUGGAAACAUCCUGUUUUAUCAAAAGAGCGGUCGUGUGGGAGCUUCAUAGCAUCUAGCAGAUAGUAACGUGUCAGUGGCAAUGAUCUUUUUUUGGAAGAGAACUCAAGAUUUGUAUGAAAACUUACUUUUCCUCUCAGGUGUCUUGUGCGUUGUGUUUUCAUUUUCCUUUUCUUUGCACCCCUCACCUCCACCCCCUUGUUCUCACUCCAUCUAACUUUCAGUUAAAGUGACACUGUGGCCUUAAAAAAAAAAAAAAAGGAAACCCUUAGAUGGUUGAAUGGGAGGGAUUGACGUUGGGACAUUCUGAUACUUUUAUCACCUUGAGGGCUUCCAGCUAUACUGAAAUUGUCUAGUGACUCUAGAAUUCUUUUUAAAAUAUUUAAUUCUGGUCUUUUUUUUCCUGAGAAACAAUUAUAAAUUCAGUAGGUAAGUCAAAUGCUUGUUGACAUACAAACUUCCUAUCUCUAAAGUCUUCUAAUAUGCUGACUGUCCCUUUCCCUGGAGACAGCUUUGCUCUGGGGGUGAGGGAGCUUGGGGGUGCCGGGAAGAGGACAAAGAGAGAAAACUAACAGUGCUGAGCCCUUUCCAGGUAUUAUUUCAUUAAGUCCCACACUGAGGUAGGUUUUAUUACCCCCUUUCUGCAGAUGUGUAAACAGAGGGAAGCAAAUAAACAAUAAACAUCUUUUAUG